GUCUCCUCCCAGAGAAGCCGCCAUGUGUGGAAUACUUGCAGUCUUGGGCUGCAUUGACAACUCUCAGGCCAAGCGUUCUCGUAUAAUCGAAUUGUCUAGGAGGUUAAGGCAUCGGGGUCCUGAUUGGAGUGGCUUGCAUUGCCAUGAAAACUGUUAUCUUGCCCAUCAACGUCUGGCUAUCGUCGAUCCUACCUCAGGGGAUCAACCUCUAUAUAAUGAAGACAAGAGUGUCGUUGUUACUGUAAAUGGAGAGAUAUACAACCAUAAAGAAUUGAAAAAACUGACUUCUCACCAAUUUCGCACUGGAAGCGACUGUGAAGUGAUUGCCCACCUUUAUGAAGAAUAUGGUGAAGAAUUCGUUGACAUGUUGGAUGGCAUGUUCUCUUUUGUCCUUCUAGACACUAGAGAUAAAAGCUUCAUUGCAGCUCGUGAUGGUAUUGGGAUUACCCCUCUUUACAUGGGCUGGGGUCUCGAUGGAUCUAUAUGGUUUGCAUCUGAAAUGAAAGCUUUGAGUGAUGAUUGUGAGAGAUUUGUAUCUUUUCCUCCAGGGCAUUUAUAUUCCAGCAAACAGGGAGACCUAAGAAGGUGGUAUAAUCCCCCUUGGUAUUCGGAGAAUAUUCCUUCGACUCCAUACAAUCCUCUGGCUUUGCGUGAGGCAUUUGAGAAGGCUGUAGUUAAGAGACUUAUGACUGAUGUACCAUUCGGAGUUCUGUUGUCUGGAGGACUAGAUUCAUCACUGGUUGCCGCUGUUGCCAACCGUCAUUUGGCUGAAUCUGAAGCUGCUCAUCAGUGGGGAUCACAGCUACAUACCUUUUCUGUUGGUCUAGAGGGCUCGCCAGAUUUGAAAGCUGCCAGAGAGGUAGCCGAUUAUAUUGGUACCCGUCACCAUGAAUUUCAUUUCACCGUUCAGGAAGGUAUAGAUGCGCUUGAAGAAGUCAUUCACCAUAUAGAAACAUAUGAUGUAACGACUAUCAGAGCGAGCACUCCUAUGUUCCUUAUGUCUCGAAAAAUCAAAUCGUUGGGAGUGAAAAUGGUUCUUUCUGGGGAAGGUUCAGAUGAAAUAUUUGGAGGUUACCUGUACUUCCACAAGGCACCUAACAAGGAAGAAUUUCACCAAGAAACAUGUCGAAAAAUUAAAGCACUACAUCUUUAUGACUGCCUGAGAGCCAAUAAAUCAACUUCAGCAUGGGGUUUAGAGGCUCGUGUACCAUUCUUAGAUAAAGAAUUCAUCAACGUAGCCAUGAGCAUAGAUCCAGAGUGGAAAAUGAUAAGGACUGAUAUUGGAAGGAUAGAGAAGUGGAUCCUACGCAAUGCAUUUGAUGAUGAUCAGAAGCCAUAUCUACCUAAGCACAUAUUGUAUAGGCAGAAGGAACAGUUCAGUGACGGUGUUGGGUACAGCUGGAUUGAUGGCUUGAAGGAGCAUGCCAACAACCUAGUCACAGAUGCAAUGUUAAUGAAUGCAAGUUUUAUUUAUCCAGAAAACACUCCUACCACGAAAGAAGCAUACUUCUACAGAACAAUUUUUGAGAAGUUCUUCCCUAAGAAUGCUGCUAGGUCAACAGUUCCCGGAGGCCCUAGUGUGGCAUGCAGUACCGCAAAAGCUGUGGAAUGGGACGCAGCGUGGUCAAAAAAUCCUGACCCUUCUGGUCGGGCUGCACUUGGCGUUCAUGAGGCAGCAUACGAGGAAGCAAAAGUUGCCAAACCGAUCAAUGGCGCCCACUAAACUGCUUUUAGUGGACGUUGAGUUCUGUAUAUUUAUUGGUUAAUGAAAGUAGAGGAGACGUGUUGUUUCUAAAUUACAUUUGAGAACUCUACUUUGUAAUAGGCAUAAAGUUUAUUUCUCUGAAGCAUCUCUGUAAUGUGGUCCCACUUGUGUUGGUGGUUGUUUUUCCUCAAUCUAAUGAACCGACCAUCCACUGGUGUAUAAUAAAUACGGAAAUUCAGUCCUACGAAGUAA